AUGCAGUUGCAAAGCGGCCGCCGCUGCCGCGUUGACUCAGCGGCCACUCAUCGCAACGCUGCAAAUAAUCACUUUGCGUCACCCUUUAUCGCUGCGCGCGGCGAGCUCCAAUAUGCAGAAAUAGACGAUUCCACGAGGUUUCGUCGCUAUCACGCGGCGAGCGGCCGCACGUAUGUAGCGGUGUCGCCAGCGCUAGCGCUCAUGAAAAUAAAUUUAGUAAAUGACGUUGGCGCGCAGCGUUGCCGCACCGCCAGUUGGAACGUGGCCGCGCGGCGUUGCCGUCCCGCUCGCUCUUUC